AAGUGGAAGGCGAUAAAAAAGCCAUUAGUACGCGAUUUGUUUAUUUACUUGGCAAAGCGCUGCACGUGACCUUGCUAGCCGUACAUAUAUUAGGCGCAGCAUGGAGCCAAUUGGAGAUCUGCAAGUGCCCAGCUUCAAGGUGGUGUCCGGGGGAACCACCUUCACGUACGCCAGUCCGAAAUCCGGAGCAGCCUCCCUCGACUUUCUCGCGCACACCCUGCGGAAAAGGGAGGCGAACACAGAAAAAACUAUUCUGAUAUGUCAGCAGAAUUUCGAGGCCGAGCGUCUGAAAUUUGAGCUCGCCGAGCGGGAUGUCAACACUAUUCUCCUGCCCCCGCAUGGGGCAAUGGUCGGUCAAGUGCUGCUCCUCUGGUCCAAGGGGUACAUCAACCAAGCUCUAAUUCUCUGCGAUGGCAUGCUCGAGCAUCUUGGAGUAGUCGAGGCGAACCUGGUGAUCCACACAACGCUGCCGGAACUGAACAAGUUCGAGGAGCGUUUGAAGUGGCUGAGCAUAUCGGCGAGAAACGCCGAGAUGUUGGUCAUAACUCCGUGCGACGAAGAGAAUGAAAAAGAAGGCAAGGGAGAGACCGAACCGGAGAUCGUCCAGCAAAGAAUGCCACUCAAAGUAGAUGCCCUAAAUUCCAUGCAGCUUUAUGAAAUAAAGGAGAAUACGCCGCCGACAUCAUCGGAGGAUUACAAGGCGGAGGCGGAUGUCCUGCUAAGUGCUGCAACUCCAGCGACAAUCCCAAACGACAAUAAGGAGCAAGAGAUAAAUUUAAGCGUGGAGGAUGCUACAGUAAAGCUCCUGGCUUCUUUUGAGUUGGGCAGCACUGAUUCGGCGGCAGUGGACGAAUCCUCUCCAGCUGCUGCUAAGUUCAAUGCUCCUGUCUACUCUCCUUUCGUUACUGAAAAUCCAACGAAGUCUUUGGACGCCGAGUUUCAAGAGCUCGUAAAGUCGUUUAAGGUGCAAAACGUAUUCAAAAACAUGAACUUGCCGCCUCCUCCCUCUGUUAGCAUUGAAGAACCGGUGUCCAGUGCCUCCGCUUCUGAUUAUCGACAUCAGAUCGACACCACUUCGCUGGAUUCCAUUCGAACUGUGAAGGAUUCACCUGCCUCUCUAGCAGUGGUUCCCUUUUCUGCAGGGGGAAUAACUUACAACAACUAUGGCGUUCUCGGCUGGAGUCGCCACGCGGUCGUGCCGUGCUACGGUUUGACCGAAGCGCCGGACAUAAGCACCAUCAUCAGGCGGGCCAUGCAGCAGAUGGGUGUGGCUAGGUCGCGAGCGCGGGCGGUCCAGAGAUUCGCCUGGCCACAUGUCUCGUUGGGUAAAUCCGUUUUAGUUGUGGGCAACUUACAGAUCGGGAAGACGUGGUCCUACCUGCCCACCGUGUGCCAGCGCAGCCACGAGGAUCUGCAGCGACGGCCAGAUGUUGGCCGUGGACCUACCUGCAUCUUUGUGUGUCCCAACCAGGGGCAGGGCAAACAGAUCGAACGCUGGAUGAGCACGUUGCUCUGUUUGCUGGGCAGUGCGUCGGGGUUUGAGGAUGUCGUUACCCACUGGGACAAGACCCAAUUGGUGGACAUCGUUCGCCGGCUCAAAAAGCCCGUUGGAAUCCUGCUAACCAGCGUGGACUUGUUGCUCCAACUGCUGAACCAUAACCCGGUCGGGAGCAUUUUCGAUGCCCAGGCGGUGAAGUGCAUAGCCUUGGAUAACCUGAACGACAUGGUUCGUGUCCUGCCAAACGACACGAUGAAGCUGCUGCAACGAUUGCCCGAAAUGUUCCAGCUCACCCAAAAUAAGUGCCAACUGCUCGUCUCCGGCCGCAUUUGGCACACCGAUCUAAUGGUGCAGCACAUUCUGCCUCUGAUGCCCGACGUCCUCGUUCUCUUCGACGACGCCUUGGAGGCGAGUGUCUAUGGCGGCGUCCAGCUGGACGUGAGAGUCGUGGCGGAUGAGCCGGAGAAGAUCGAGCAUUUGAAGGCGCUGAUCGCUGAGCGCAGGAACUUUGCCAAUGAGCCCGCCGUUAUGGUCUGCUCCAACUCGACAGAGGUACUCCUACUCCGCCGUAGUCUGCAAGCGAUUGGGGUGAAUGCACAUAUCUGCGUAUCGGAGGCGUGCUACUCCAAUGUCGCCGAGUGGCUACGCCAGUCCCCGAGUGGCCUGCUGCUGGUCACGGAUGAUGUGGUGCCGAGACUGAAAUGCGGAAAGAUCCCGCUGCUCAUCCACUACAGCUUUGCCAGCAUGUGGGCGCGCUUCAAGAACCGCUUCAGCCUGUUCUACGCAAACCUCAAAUCGCCAACGACGCGCCCAGUCGGCCAGUCCGUGGUCUUUGCCAAGCCCACUGAUUUGGAGAACAUCUGGAAGCUGUGCGACUUUUACAUGAAGCACAAGCUGCCCAGGCCCGGCCAUUUGCUGGGAAUCCUUUCGCAGCGACGCCUGGAAGAGCAACCGACAAGCAGAAGUCUCUGCCACCAAAUGGCCGCUUUCGGGGAUUGCCUGAGGCACAAGUGCAUGUAUCGCCAUGUGAUGUGGCGGGACGAGGUGCUGCCGCCAGAUCACUAUCCCAAAAAUGGAUUGAUUCGGUUCUUGGUUCUAGUUUGCUACAGCCCAGCUGCGUUGGCUGUGCGCUUGAGCGACCAGUUUCCCACAGCGAUCCGCUUCCUCAACUUUCCGAUGAGCGAUCUGGGCGAGCGAGUGCAGCGCCACUACGAACUGGAGGCGAACCGGCACAUGCAUCCCAAUCCCGUGCCCGGCGAGAUGGCGGUGGUCAAGAACAUCAACCGCUACGAGCGGGUGCACAUUGUCAGUGUGGAAAGCAAUGUCAUGGUGUUGGUGCAACUGUUGGACACGUCCACCGAAUGUUUUUCCUACAAAACCAGCCAGCUGUACAGCUGCGAUAAGAUCUUCAAGGAUUCACCCAGAGAAGCGAUGGAUUUGAGGAUCCUUGGCCUGCAGCCCGAGAGCCUCGAUCGCAUCUGGCCCGAUGACGCCCGCAAUUUGGUGCGCAAGGAUUUCUUUCGUCGCACGCAUAACAAGCGGAAUCGCCAAUUCCACGCCGUCGUCCAGUCCGCCAUCCAUCGCACGAUCUUCGUUCGCAACAUAUACGACGACGAGGGCAACGACCUGCUCAGCUUCGUCAUCAAUCGCUUUCGCUCGCAUCAGGAUGAGUGCUGCCAGCUCAAGCUCGAUGCGAUGGUGAUGAGCUCCAAGGACUGUCCAUAUAUGUAGCUUCUAGUUUCAUCACUGUCCACUGACCACUGGCCAGCAUUCUCUUGCGAAAGAAACCAGCUUCUUCGGAAAACCAAUUCAAUUUCCUAUUACAUUUAAACGCAUUUAUAUAAAUAUUUUUCAAAAUAUUGUUUUACAAAUAUUAAUGAUAAUCGAACGUGAGCUUUAAUCGUUCGACAUCAUCGGAUUCAAAAUAUUUGAGCAAGCUAAGAUCUUGCCAUGUGCUAUUCUUAAACUUGAACUUGAAAGUGAAAUAAAGGGCAUGCGCUCAAG